AUCAUUUUCAUCAUCUUUCUUCUUUUUCUGAUAUGCGACGCGUUUAUGAGCCUAACAAAUCUGCUUUCUUUUUUUGUAGUGAAUAUUAUCUAGUCGACUUAAACUGUCUUACUGUAUUCUUGCUGCUGUAUUUAGUUGUUAGGUGACGCAUAAUAUUUUGGCGUGACGCAUUUUUGCAGUGAGUUAUAGACCUAUUUUAUAAGUUCUGGAUUGUGUUUACUGUUUUCUGGUGACAUAUCUUGAUUUGCGCUUGCAAUAAAACUAUAAUAGAAAUAUAUGGUGUAGCCAAUGGUCCUACAAUAUUGUAUUCGGUUGUUCUGUGGUGACGCAUCUUUGGUAACUUGUCUUAUCCAAUAUGGCAUUACCUUACCUUUUUUUUCCCUUCUUUUUUUUUUGUUGCAGUGAAACAAUAUGCCUGCACUGUAAACAUGUAUACUUGCGGUUGUCAGGAGCAACAGGCAUAAUAAUAGUAACUUGACUUGCGUCACCCGCUAUAAUGUGUUGCCAUACGUAAAAUUCCGACAGAGAAUCGUCUUAAGUAAGACCUAGGUCUAGUUGAAGCCGUAGCCUCCUCAUACCUCGAUUUUGUUUUGCCAUCUUGUAUAGGCCUAGAGCCCAGCACCUGUGCUCACUCAGGGGAACCGUAUAUCAUUUGUAUAAUAAAUCCACUGUUAGAUUAUAUUCAGCGAUAAAUUGUCUAUAUGGAAAUAUAACAGUCAAAUACAUUACCCAUAGAUUACCCGGUUGUCCCUUAAAAAAUAUUGUUGUCAUCAUUAGCGUUUUGCCAAGAAAAUGAAUCGCAAAGUGUAUUCAAAGCAUACAAUAUUCAGGCCUUAUGAAAAUUGAAGUAAUUGAACUUGCGACACCUGUCUUAAAGUAGGCCUACACUUGUGGUUGGGCAGAUGUGGAUAAUACCCAGCAGUUAAGCGCAACAAAGGGCAAACGGUUCAUUACACCUUUAUUAAAUAACCGUACCAUUAUUUUCUAUAGGUUCUUGAGCUAUGUGCUCUGUUCAUGUCAUUUGUUUUUACAAGCUUUCAGUUCAAUUGAUUUUGGUUUAAAGGUGGUAAUAGGCGAUUAUACAAUACAAAAGCGAAGUGUGAAAAGUGUUGCCUUUUGUUACCGUACACGGUUGACAGUCGACCGAUUGCAGUCUUGACGGGCUCCAUGUCGCACAAAGUCCAACUUCAUGAUUAUUAUAUGGUCUAUCUACCCCUGAAACCUAAAACUAAGUAAAGACGGUUAUUUAGUUAUGGACUGCGCGUCCUUGGACAUCAACCACUCAUCACCAUGUAUCACUAGGGCCUCGUUUACUCUAGUGUCCACAUCAUCCGUACAAUGAAUGCGGAUUAUAGAUCAACUCUCACUCGAAUGAUAAUUGCUUUUUGAUGACUACUGUAUUUGUUCGAGACACUUGUGACGAUCUGACGGAAACAACGACGAAGAAUUAUGAGGUGUCGCUUUCUCCGACGCGGCCGUGCGAUGUUCUUCGUUUGCGUCUUCGUAGUUAUGACCAUAGUCAAUCUGUCUAUGUUUCCGAGACACGUCCGUCGCCAUUAUAAGCAACAGGACUACAAUACGUAUAUUGGAAUGGCAACAGGAUUUCUACGUUGGAUGAGUGGUACCGAACAUCACGUAUUCGGAGCAGUUAUUCGACCGAUUUGGGGAAAUUAUGAGCCUCGUGCAUACGGACUUACUUCAGGACAUGGUGAAAAUGGACGCGCUGUCAAAAUUGAACCAUGGGAAAAGGAUGCAGUUGAGAGGAGUAUAAUAACGUAUAGCUUUAACCAAUACAGUAGUGACAAAAUUGGGCUUGAUAGAACGAUACCGGAUUUACGAAAAGAAGAGUGUAAACACUGGCACUAUCCCCAUCAACUUCCAAAUGCGAGUGUUAUAAUAUCGUUCCACAAUGAAGGUUGGUCUACCCUGCUGCGGACGAUCCGUAGCGUAAUUAAUCGUACGCCCUCAAUAUUAAUCCAAGAGAUAAUACUUGUCGACGAUGCGAGUACAAUGGUACAUUUACAGUUAUCCACAGAAGUUAUCAAACCUGAAUAUCGCCACUUGGUCAAACUAUUCAGAAACGACAAACGCAAGGGCGUUAUUGCGUCCAGGGUUUUAGGAGCCCGAAAGGCAAGAGGGCAGACGAUAGUGUUUUUAGAUUCCCAUUGUGAAGUUGGUCUAAAUUGGCUACCACCUCUUCUGACUGUCGUAAAGGCAAAUAGGACGACAGUCGCUGUGCCAAUUCUCGAUAUAAUAGACAGCAUAAACCUCAUGAUGUACCCACAAUCCCAAGGGGCUUUGGCAAGAGGUAUGUUUGAUUGGAGUUUGGACUACAAACGUGUCGGCGGGCUACCGGAAAACGAAGCAAAAGUUCGACGUUAUGAAACAGAGCCAUACAGAUCACCCGUACUCGCCGGUGGCGUGCUUGCUAUAGACAAGGAGUAUUUCUUUGCCAUUGGUGCUUUCGAUCCAGGUCUUGAAAUGUGGGGUGGUGAGAAUUACGAGCUAUCGUUUAAGGUUUGGAUGUGCGGUGGUUCGUUAGUAUGGGUGCCAUGUUCGAGGGUUGGACACAUGUAUCGUGUCAAUGGACGCCCGCCGUACAGCUUUCCAAAGGGUACACUCCAGUCAUAUCGAGACAAGAAUUACGCAAGAGUCGCAGAAGUGUGGAUGGACGGUUACAAACAGUACUUUUAUGCAACGAAAUCUUAUCUUCACAGCUCAACCUUACAAUUAGGAGAUCUAAGGAAAGAAAAAGAGUUCCGCGCCACGCAAAAAUGCAAGAAGUUCCGUUGGUUUAUAGAGAAUAUAGCUAGUGAUCUUUUAAAGCAUUUUCCUUUACCGCCAUUGCCGUUACAAAGUGGAGAGAUUCGAACGUAUAAUUCUUUGUGUAUGGACACAAGAGGUGUUCAGCCUGGAAUCGGUGGUGGGCGAGUGGGCGUGUACAAAUGCCACGGGCAAGGAGGCAAUCAGUUUUUCCACCUUACUACAAAAGGAGAUUUACGAGUAAAUGAUUAUUGUUUAUGUAAAGCCCAGACAUUUAUAAUUCUAUGUUCAUGUGAUGAUGAUGAUGACGUCAUCAGAGAUUGGACUAUAGAUCCGAGUCGUCACAUGAUAUCACAUCAGCACUACAAGUUGUGUUUAACGAGAAAGUUCGAUGCUGUUAUUCUAGCAAAUUGCGUCGACACCAAUCGGGACCAAACGUGGACAUUUGUUGAACAUGCCAAAAAGAAAAGUUUACGCGUUUAACACAUUUCCAUGAGUGAUUUGAACAAAAUCGUCAACUGUUAAAGCAAGAGUCAAAGCUCAAGUUGCCGCACAGAAACACCAGAAAAUCGUCUGAGCUUUAUUUCGCCACGUAGUACUGAAAACAACGCAUUUUCGAAAUUGUGCAAAAACGCUAUAAAUAAAAGGCAAAAUUCUAAAUUGUAAUUAUUUAUUCAGUGGAUAAAAAUAAAUGCAAUCGUCAUCAGGAGAAUUGGAAUCGAUUUUUACGAGAAAAAAUACAGUUUUGCUGGUCAAAAGAGGAGUACGACACCUCCCCUUCUUCGUCUGAAUCCGCCAUUGUGAUCUCAUUCAUCCCAUAGGCCUGAUUGAUCAACAAUGUGUGCUGUCGAUGCUAAUAAUCACCGAACACAUUAUGACAUCUAGUCCCUACCAUUUUUAUCUGACGAUACAGUAAUAUACAGAUGAAUGUGAUAUGACAUCGCCAUGCCCAUAUAUGGGGGUAAAUCACAGAUAGGCCUAUUUGUCACUUGAUAGCAUGGGCAGAGUUUAAGAUGCACGCUUUUCUUCAUAAAACAAAUUGAAUAGUGUAUCGGCGUGUACCACUAAAGUAUUUAUUUCUAUAAAAUUACAUCCUUGUUAACAUUA